UCCUAUAAUAUAAUAUAAUCUCCUCUUAGCUUCCUCUCACUUCACUAAAUUUCACUCUCUCGUCCUUCCUCGCUUCCCCCCCACAAGAAAAUUUUAUCCUCACCCUGUCAAAAAUGGGCUCUUCCUUUUUCAUUUCCAUUCUUGUCUCCCUAGCAUUAACAAUAUCAGUCAAUGGAGAUGCUGAUUUAAUCCGAAAGACUUGCAAAACAACCAAGUACUAUGACCUUUGUGUCUCCUCCCUCAAGUCCGAUCCCACUAGCUUGAAUUCGGACACAAAGGGCCUGGCAACGAUCCUGGUUGGAGUUGGAAUGGCUAAUGCCACGGCCACAUCAACCUUCUUAUCAUCCCAAUUGCUCAGUACCACAAAUGACACAAUCCUUAAGAAAGUAUUGAAAGAAUGCUCCGACAAGUAUGCUCACGCCGGCGAUGCUCUUCAAGCUUCCGUCCGAGAUUUUGAAUCGGAGUCGUAUGAUUACGCGUACAUGCAUGUCAUGGCAGCCGCGGAGUAUCCAAACGCUUGCCAUAACGCAUUUAGAAGGUAUCCGGGGCUGGUUUAUCCGCGAGAGAUUGUACGUAUAGAAGAGGGUUUGAAGCAUAUUUGUGAUGUGGUAUUAGGCAUUAUUGAUCAUCUUGGUUUCUAAUCCCUUUUUGUGUGUCUCAACUUUUCAAUGCAAAUGAACUUUCCUUUGUUUAAUUCAUUGUGUUUUGGUUGCCAUUGAUGACUUGCUGGAGGCAAUUUCAAUAUUAUUAUUGCAUUUCAGGUCAAAAGGCUAUAUGUCUUAUCUAUAAUGUCUAUAGCUAAUAAUUAGACAAAGGAUGCCUGCUAUUGGGCUGAAUUUAGUGCGCAAAAAAGAUGAUGAGGACAUAUAUAUAUAUAUAUCUGUCUUCAAAUCUUUAAUUAAUUAGACUACUUCCCCUUUGUUUUGUCAAAUUUGCUUGACUAGAUAAAUGAAUAUCUUCAGUUCAGCUUUGACUUUUGCUAUGCUUCCAACUUCCAACACGAACGUGAGGAGGUCUGGUUGUUGUACAAAAUUUGAGAUGGAAUUAGGUGGUUUCAGCUUGCUAAUAAAGGCCAUAGAUUGAUUGAUUG